AAACCCUAAAACCCCACAAAUCAACAACAACGCCGCCGCCUCAUCCGCUCUGCUUCUGCUCGCAUGGGGAAGGAGAAGGGGAAGGGGAAGUGGAAGAGGCCCCCGACCGUGAAGCCGCCGGUGAUGGCCGCCUCCGCCUCCGACGACGACGAGAUCGACGCCUUCCACAAGCACCGCGACAUGAUCCCCCUCCACGACCACGAUAUGGAGUCUGAGGAUGACCUGGAACACCCCGUCUUCGAUCUCGAGGGUAUUUCUGAGAAUGAAACUGAUGACAGCGAGGGAGAUGAGGAUGGCAACAUGGACAAAGCUGCUUAUGAUGAAUGGGAUGACAAAUUUAUCGCAAAAUUAAAAAGAGCAGAGAGGGCAGUGAAACAAAUUGCUGGAGGUGAUGACAGCAUGGAUGAACAUGAGGAUGAUCAUAAGGAUAAAAAUUCCUGGGGUAGAGGAAAAAAUGCAUAUUAUGAUGCUGGUGAACAGUCUGGUGAUGAUGAGGAUGACUAUGAAGAGGCACGGAGGAUCCAGAAAGAGGAGGAGAGCAAGCUAUCAAUGCAAGAUUUUGGAUUAGAAGAUGGUGAAAGUGAUGAAGAGGAUAGAGCCAUUAAGGCAUCCAACCAUCAAGUCAAAGUUCCUGAUGGUGAACACUCUUUUGAAACCUAUGUGAAAAUGAAAGAGGAGUUUGCUGUCUUGUCAAGAGAUGAGAAGAUGGGUGUGCUAGACAGUUCUGCUCCUGAACUGGUUGGAUUGUUGUCCGAGCUAAAAGAUGCCCAUGAAGAACUAAUGGCGAUAGGACCAGUCACCAAUGAGGUGACAGCUGGGCAAAGCAAGGAUAAGGGUAAAAUGCAGCCUUUGGAAGUGAAACGAGCUUGCCUAGCUGCUUAUUGUCAGGCUAUAACCUUCUACCUCCUUAUGAAAGCUGAGGGAUUGUCUGUGCAGGAUCAUCCUGUAAUUGCUCGUCUUGUAGAGAUCAAGAGUGUAGUAGAAAAGAUGAAACAUGCCAAUGUAAACUUUCCAAGACAAAAAGAGGACAGUGAUGACUAUUGUAUGCCUGAUAGCAAUAUCAUGGAUGUGGCAGACAUGAUUUCUUUGGACAAGAAGAAUAUAUAUAGCAAUUUACUACUACGAGACAAAGUAAAAAUAGAAGUGGGUGUGGAAGUUGCAGAGUUGACAAAGAAUGACCACUCUAACAAGGAUCACCAUGAAAUUGCCAAAAGAAAGGGCAAGGAUGAGCAUAUUGGUUCGCAAAGCCUUGAAAUGUUGAAGGUGAGAGCAACCCUUGAAGAGAGGUUAAAAGAAAAAGGGCUCUAUAAUUUGACGCGAUUGAAACGUAAGAAGGUUUCAAACACCAGGACAACUAAUAGAAGUGACCUGCAAACGUUGGAUGAUUUUGAUGAUGAAGUGCUGAAAAAUACUCAAGCCAUCAAACCUAGUAAGGUCCUGGUAGCUGCGGCAAAAUCCAAUAAAAACAAGUUUGUCUCUGGUGAUGACGAGCUUCCAAAGCGAGAUGAUAUUGGUGAAAGACGACGAAAGCACGAAUUACGUGUUCUUGCAAGAGUAGGAGCUAGUACACUUGAAGAUGAUGACUUGCCAGAGGAAGAUGAUCAUACUGAAGAGAGACCUAAUCAAUUAAGUGAAGAAAAUGGCAGUGAUGAUGACAUUGGACCAUCAGAGUCUGAAGAUGAGUUUUACAAGGAUGUUAAAAGGCGGAGGACUGAAAAGCUCUCGAGUAAAGAACAGAAAUACUCGCCGAACCCUGUUAUUGAAUCACUGGAGGAAGAAACUGAAGGAGAUGGCAAGAGGAAGAUCUCAUACCAGAUGGAGAAGAACCGGGGGUUGACUCGCUCGAGAAAUAAGAAGCUUAAGAAUCCACGGAAGAAAUACAGGGUUAAGCAUCAAACAAAACUUGUUAAGCGGGGAGGUCAAGUGCGUGGCGUGAAGAAGCCCUCAGGACCAUACGGAGGUGAAAUGUCUGGUAUUAAUCCAAAUGUGAGCCGUAGUGUUAGGUUCAAGGGCUGAUGUAUCGAAUUGAUUACGCCCAACAUGGAAAUUUUUGUUUGAUGGUAGGAAGUUUCAUGGUUGUAAUUUGCCAGUAACAGUUUUGCCUAGAGAGAGAGAGAGAGCAUGCAUGGAUUGUCUUUCGAUUUUGUACCAACUAGAGUGUAGAGCCCUCCCAGUCCCAGGGUGAGUUGCCGGAAGCAUGUAGAGGCGCCUGGAGCACGUCGUGCAGGGAAUCGGAUCGGAGGAUUCGGUUGCAGAGAAUGAGAUGGACCAUUUGGAUACUUUCAUGGUCAUGGCGCUGUCUGCAUUGGCCAGUGGGAUUAUGGGAGUGCUCAGUGCUCACCACGAUCACGAUGGAUGCACCUGGUUGUCGUCCGUGCAUCCUUAUGCUUGUCAUUCAUGCGGGACAACAUGCUUGAUGGAAUCGUGGUUGAGGAUUUCUCAGAAUGACUGUCCAGAUAAUGAAAUGCCUUUUGUGAAGUAUGUAAAACUAUAUAUAUACAAAUAAGUAUAUUUAA